AUGAAUAUGUUUACAAAUGAACAAAUUGAAAAAUAUAAAAUAGAUAAAUUAGAUGGUGUAUAUUCCCAUGGUGCGUAUAUUCAUAUGAAAGGUUAUGAUUAUGUUUACAGGAAAUUUUCUUAUAAAGAUUUAGAAUUAAUUUUAUUUUCUUUAGGUUCAUAUAAUAUAUUAAGAAAUGCUGUAUUUUUAACAGUUGAUUCAGCAUAUGUAAUAAAUGAUGAUAUUAAAUUAAUUGAAGAAUAUAUUUAUACUCCCGAAAGUAAAGGUAUUAUAUCUGAUAUCAAAUAUGUUAAAAUUAUUGAUACUAAUUAUAAACCUAUACUUAUUAAUAAAAUUAAAGAUAUUUUCAAUAUAGGAGAUAUUGUAUCCAUAGAAAUUUAUGAUAAAUUAUAUCCAGAUCAAGAUAUAUAUAGUGAUUUAUUCAAAGUACUUUUUUAUGAAUUACAACCACAUUAUAAAAUAUAUAUACCAUCAUCAAAAAAUAAAAUUGUCUUAUCACCAAUAAACACAGCAAAAGUACAUACAACACAAUUAUAUGCACAAUUUUAUAGUAUACAUUUAAAUAGUAUACUAUCCAUAGGUAAUGAUGAUAAUGAUGUGGAACUCUUAUCAUCAACAGGAUUCUCGGUGGCAGUAAAAAAUUCAACAGCUCGUGCUCUUCAGGUUGCUCGAUGUGUAAGUACCAAAACUAACAACGAAAAUGCUGUCGCAAAUAUUAUAUACAGAGCUUUAUCUGGAAGGCGCGCUUAA